AUGAAAUCAAAGAAGAAAUCCAAGAAGACUUUAAAGAAGUCUCCUGAAAAAAGACUGUCUAUUACACUUCCAUCUUCUAGUCGAAAAGGAAAACUUGUGUCUGGUUCACCAAAGCGCAUCGUGAAAAAAAGGAAACUUUACAGCAAGGAAGCACUCCAAGCAGCAUACAAAGCAGUUAAAGACAGCAGUAUAUCAGUCAAUGCUGCAGCCAAGCAGUACGGAGUGCCACUGACAACACUCCGAGACAGAGUCGACGGAAGGAUUAGCAUUGACACUACUAGGCCAGGGCCUCCGUUGUUAAUGGCAAAAGAUGAAGAGUCUGAAAUUGCUCAUUUUUUGCACACUAUGGCCAGGUAUGGUUACCGUUAUACUCGCCUUGAACUAGCCGAGAUUGCUACUGACCAAGCCGUGGAGAAGGGCAAGAGAAAUCCUAGAGCCAACGGACUGACAACAAAAUGGGUAGAUAGUUUCAUCAACAGAUGGCCUAGCAUUCGAGAGCUUAGUUGUAAAUUCAAAAACAAAGCUGAAGCAGAACAUACAGUAAGAACUUACUUCGAUGAGAUUAAGAAAAUCAUCGACAAAUAUAAGUUGCUUGAGAAGAGCGAUAGAAUAUUCAAUAUUAUGGAAAAUGUUUUCGUGACAGAUCAUGGUACUGUUCCGUCAAUUUCUGGAAGGAACAGUCAUCAAGUUAAAACAGAAAAUACCUCUACUACGACAUUGUUGGCAUGUGGAAGUGUAUCUGGUCACGUUAUUGCACCCUUUUUUGUUUUCCAAGCAAGCAAACUUCGGCCAGAAAUGAUGAAAGGCGUACCCAGCAACGUUAACGCAUCCGUUUCUGAAACCGGCAAGUGUACCCCACAGAUUUUCCGCCGAUAUUUGAAUGAACAUUUUCUGCCUCAGAUUCAGCGGUACGAUAACGAGCCCAUUCUUGUGUUAUUAGAUGGCUCAAAGACACAUGUUUUCGUCGGUAUGAGUGAGUGGGGGAGGACUAAUGGUGUGAUAUUUUCAUUUAUUCCCGCUCACACCACACAUCUAUUACAACCGUUGGAAGUUGGCUGUGCCGAAGCACUGCAGAAAAAGUAUGAAAGCGCUGCCAGGCGGUAUAUGAAAUCCACAUCUUCGCCUUGUAUUAGCAGGAGUAACAUUGGUGAACUGGCAUGUCAGGCAUAUUCACGGGUUAUUACCAGGCAUGCGGUUAUGCAUUGUUUCAAAAAAGCUGGUGUGUAUCCAGAUAUCUCUUCUGACGAAAGCUGUGAUGACAUGGAGGCACUUGAUGACGGCUCUUAUAAAGGAGACCUGUGUAAACAAGAAGACAGUCCGGAGAUUCAAGAUGAAGUUAUCUUUACUGAAGACUUGGUUGUGGGACACAAUCAGGAAGUGACAGAGGAGGAAGUAGUGACUUCACAGGAAGUGAUUCUCUCUGAGGAUGGGCAGACGGAAGAGAUGGUCAUAACUCCAGACGGACAGCUAAUGUUGACUCAAAAUGGGGUGUUAGAGGGACACAUUGUCAUUCACGAUGGUGAGAUCUAUGUCAACAGCAGUGACAUUGGGUUUUCUCACCUCCAGCCUCUUCAUCUCAUCCACUCGGUCGAUGAUUUGGACAUGACAUCUCCUACAAAAUCUGAGAUAGGUGUGAGUCCAUUGAAACAGUGCAUCAUGAGCGAUGGGAAAAUUCUGGACACUUCUUUGGACAUGGAUAGUACUUUAAAUUCGAUGGAGAAUGGUGUUUUGAGUUUAAACUCUUCUGAUGACUGUGGGGAGCAGAUCAGUAUAGAAAAUCACAGUGUGUAUUCAGCAAUGGAUGUUCUGGGUCUAAAACAUGAUGCCCACGACAGUGAACUUGAUUCUUCCGGUGCAGACAGUGAGAUUAGUCGUAGCUCCGGCAGUCCAGGGUCGUCUGCGAAUGUGGUGGUGAAACAUGAGGUGAAGCAGGAGGAUCGGGGGACAUACAAUUCUGCUGCAGCAGCAGGUGGUUGA